AUGAGUACUGAAGAAGAUCCUUAUGAACCAGACCUUCUUCCUGUCUUUCCAUUAGAGGAUUUUGAUGCGGAAUUAAUUAGAUCAGUAUGCCUUGAAGAAGUCGAAAAGGCAUUUAAAGACCUUAAAUAUGAAAACCUCAAAAAAGAUCGAAUAAUUACUUCGUUAACAAGCGAUAUUCUUACAAAAAUUGCUCCAGAUGGAAAAGGAGACUUUAAAUAUGUAACUCACUGUACAAUAACGCCAAAACGAGCAGGCCCAAUUGACAUUUUUAGUAAUAACUUUUGGGAUCCUAUGAAUGAUGGCAUGAGUGUUGUUAACUAUGAAAAUGAUGAUAUAAGUGUUGUUUUUAUAAUUUGGGGAAUCAAAAUAAAGAAACCAAAAUUAUAA